AUGAGAGUCUUUAACCCACCAGAUAACUUUGCGGCCGUGACACCGGGGAUAUACAGGAGUAGUUUUCCCAAGGCCGAGAACUUUGAGCAUCUGAAAAGCCUCGGUCUUCGGAGUAUAUUGACACUCGUGCCAGAACCCUAUCCCGAGGCCAAUAUACAAUUUCUGGAGGAGAAUAAUAUCAAGCACUUUCAAAUUCCUAUGCCCGGAAAUAAGGAGCCUUUUGUCAAUAUUCCUCCUCAUGACAUUGCAGCGGCACUCAGCGUUGUCUUGGAUCGUCGAAAUCACCCCAUCCUUAUACACUGCAACAAAGGAAAGCACCGAACUGGCUGCGUGGUAGGCUGCUUUCGCAAGAUACAGCAGUGGGCUCUAGCAUCUAUUUUCGUCGAGUAUCGCGACCAUGCUGGCGCAAAAGCACGUCUGCUCGACGAACGGUUUAUCGAGCUUUUUGAUGAAAGAUGUCUUGUCCGCUUUGCACGAGAAAACGGAUUUAUCCCGCAGCUUCCAGCAAAUCCCUCACCUCCUAUCACGGGCACUGGAGCUGGUGAAGUUCUCGCAGCUUCAGAGUUCCUCACCCAACGCACCAGCGGGGCCGCUCUCAUUGGGGUCUGA